AUGGGUGUUCCAUCCUUUUUCAGAUGGCUUUCUAGGAAAUAUCCGAAGAUUAUAUCUCCAGUACUGGAAGAACCUCAGCAACUCGUUGAUGGAGUUGCUUUACCGAUAGAUUAUGCUGGUCCAAACCCUAAUGGAGAGCUAGAUAAUCUUUAUCUUGAUAUGAACGGUAUUGUACAUCCUUGUUCUCAUCCUGAGAACAAACCUCCACCAGAGACAGAGGAUGAUAUGCUGCUGGCGGUAUUUGAAUAUACUAACAGAGUUCUAAAUAUGGCUAGACCCAGGAAAGUACUUGUGAUAGCUGUCGAUGGUGUUGCUCCAAGAGCCAAAAUGAAUCAACAGAGAUCUAGACGUUUCAGAAGUGCUAGGGAUGCUGAAAUUGAAAAUGAAGCUCGUGAAGAAAUAAUGCGCCAAAAAGAACAGUUGGGACAAAUUAUUGAUGAUUCAGUAAAAAAUAAGAAGACAUGGGAUUCAAAUGCCAUUACACCUGGUACACCAUUUAUGGAUAAGUUAGCCAUUGCUCUUCGUUAUUGGACUGCUUUCAAAUUGGCAACUGAUCCUGGUUGGAAAAAUUUACAGGUUAUUAUCAGUGAUGCAACAGUACCUGGUGAAGGUGAACAUAAAAUUAUGAAUUUCAUCCGAUCUCAAAGAGCCGAUCCAGAAUAUAACCCUAAUACAACACAUUGUAUAUACGGUCUUGACGCUGAUCUAAUUUUUCUGGGAUUAGCCACACAUGAACCACAUUUCAAGAUUUUGAGAGAAGAUGUUUUUGCACAAGACAAUAGAAAAAGAAAUAAUGUGAAAGAUACAAUAGAUAUGACCGACGAAGAAAAAGAUCUAAUACGGAAACAAGACUCAGAAAAACCAUUUUUAUGGCUUCAUAUUAGUGUCCUUAGAGAAUAUUUGUCUGCUGAACUAUGGACACCUAAGCUACCAUUCCCUUUUGACCUGGAAAGGGCUAUUGAUGAUUGGGUAUUUAUGUGUUUUUUCUGUGGUAAUGAUUUCUUACCACAUUUGCCAUGCUUGGAUGUCAGAGAGAACAGUAUUGAUAUUUUACUUGAUAUUUGGAAAUCAAUAUUGCCUAGACUGAAAACAUACAUGACUUGUGAUGGUAAAUUGAAUCUUGAAUCAGUUGAGAUGGUUCUGAAAGAGCUUGGGAAUAGAGAAGGUGAUAUAUUUAAGACAAGACAUAUUCAAGAAAUCAGGAAAAAAGAAGCUAAUGAAAGAAGAAAACAACAAAAGCAACAAAAUGUUUCUACUGGACAAGAUAGACAUCCAACAAAGUUCAAUGAACAAUUACAGAUGUACGACACUAAUGGUAGUCUUGCAAAGGGUAGUUGGAAUCUAACCACUAGCGACAUGGUUAGAUACAAAAAAGAGUUGAUGCUUGCUAAUGAAGGUGAUGAAAACUCAAUCAAAAUCAUUGAGGAGGUGAGUGAAAGGAAUAACUCCCUAAUGAAGGAGAUUCAAAGUGAAAUGACACCAGAAGAUUACAAGGGAAAUAACAAUAACUUCACUGCUGCCGAAUUGCUGAAGAAGAAGUUGAAUGCUAGAAAACGUGAAUUGGAAAAAGAGAAAGAAAAUGAAGAGCAAGAACGUGCAUCUAAACAGCCUAAAAUAAGCGAAACUCCAGAUGAGAGUGAUCUUACUGAAGAAAUUGAAGCAGAUGUCAUAGCUGAGGUGGAAGAUGAAACCACACCCGAUGAGAAGGAUACCGACUCUAUAAUUACUGAGGUUCCCGAAAUCUCUAAUGGAGGGAUUACUUCAGGUGUUAUUGACACAGAUGAAGCAGUUAAGCUUUUUGAGCCAGGGUACCAUGAUAGAUACUAUAUUGAGAAAUUUCACAUUGAGCCUAAUCAAAUCCCAGCACUAAGCAAACACAUGGUAAAAUGCUAUAUAGAAGGUGUGUCAUGGGUAUUAAUGUACUAUUAUCAAGGAUGCGCCUCUUGGACGUGGUACUAUCCUUACCAUUAUGCGCCUCUGGCAGAAGAUUUUGUUGACUUCCAUGACUUGGACAUUAAGUUCGAACUUGGAGAGCCAUUUUUGCCAUAUGAACAACUGAUGAGUGUCCUUCCAGCUGCGUCUGGCCACAACCUACCGGAAGUUUUCCGUCCUCUGAUGAGUUCCGAGGAUUCUGAAAUCAUUGAUUUCUACCCGACCGAGUUCCCCAUUGACAUGAAUGGUAAGAAGAUGUCAUGGCAGGGUAUUGCUCUGUUACCGUUCAUUGAUGAGACAAGACUAUUGACUGCUACUAGAAACCAAUACAAGUUCUUGAGUGAGGAUGAAAAGAGGCGUAACACCCGUAACGAUCCGGUACUACUGAUUAGUAAUAAGAAUGUGAACUACGAGAAGUUCGCCAAAAGGCUUUACAAGAAAGGUCAUGAGGACAACUUCCAGCUGGUAUUCCAUCAUUUCAAGAGUAGUUUAGCCGGCAUAGUAUCAACUGACACGGAGGGUUUCAAGUUACAUGCCAAGUUGCCAUGCCCUAUCCAGUCUGGUGCAUUACCUGAGUUAUCCACCAAUCUAUUCCUGAAGAUGCAGUACAAGCUAUUACCAUUGCCCUCUGCUAACAAAUCUCUGAUCCUGAACGGGUUUAUUCCUUCAGAACCCAUGCUAACCCAGCAUGACUUCGACUCCAUUGUCUACAAGUACGGCACCAGAGGGUUCCAGAGGAACCAGAGGAACUUUGGCAUGGAGAUGAAGCAGAACAUAGUACCAGUGGGCCCCAGUGGUACCACGCAGUAUAAACCACGUAUCGGCGGAUACAGGUCGUUCUUCUACUUUGGCCAGCUAAACCAGCAGAUGCACCAGCAUAACCAGGUCUACCAGCAAAACCAGGCUCCUACACAUGACAGAUACAGGAACGACAGGUCCGACAGGGGUGGCAGAGGAUAUGGUAGACCCGACCACGAUAGAGGUGAUUACCGAGGUGAUUACCGGGGUGAUGGCUACAGAGGAGGACACAGAGGUGGCUACAGAGGAGGCUCAAGGUCUAGAGGCCCAUCCUCAAGAGGUAUCUCUUCCAGAGGCUAUUCAGGACCAAGCAGAUAUAAUAGAUAG